GCCCGCUGCCGGCCGGCGAGGGGGGCGGGGUGGCGCGCCGCGGUGGCGGCGCCAGCGCAGCGUUGGGGCCUGUCCCUGUCCCUCCCCGCGGGGCGGGAGCGGCCACGGCGGCGCGACCGCGGCCCUGCCCCCGCCUAGGCUUCCACUCCCCGCUCCCCUCGGCCGCCCCAGGCAGCCCGCUCUCCUCUCGGUUGCUCUUUUCUCCCUUGCGGUCACGUCGCCUUCAGGGCCCUCCGUAGCCAGGGAUGCUCCCGGCCCCCUGGGGCAUCGUCGCCACCCGCCGCCCGGCUCCUUGAGCAGUCUCUCUGCGCCCCCAGCCUCCCGUCCCUGCUUUACCUCUCUCAGGUGCGGGCGGAGGCGGUGAGCGGGUGAAGCCCCCGCCCGGCGGCCUCCCCCAUGGUGGGCUUCGGGGCCAACCGGAGGGGCGGCCGUCUGCCUUCCCUUGUCUUCGUGGCGCUGCUGGUGGUGAUCGCCAUCCUCGCCUUCAACUGCUGGAACGCCUCGUCCCGCCAGGCCCUGCUGCAGGAGGAGGUGGCAGAGCUGCAGAGCCAGGCCAAGCGCACCGAGGUGGCCCGCGGGCGACUGGAGAAGAGGAACUCCGACCUGAUGGGCAAGGUCGACUCUCACAAGAAACAACUGGAGCAGAAGGAGGCCGACUACAGCCACCUCAGCAGCCAGCUGCAGGCCAGGGACGGCCAGGUGAAGAAGUGCGAGGACAGCAAGGUGAAGCUGCAGAACAACAUCUCCUAUCAGAUGGCAGACAUCCAUCGUCUGAAGGAGCAACUGGCGGAGCUGCGGCAGGAGUUCAUCCGCCAGGAAGAUCAGCUUCAUGAGUACAAGAAGAACAACACUUACCUCACCAAGAGGUUGGAGUAUGACAGUCUGCAGUGUGGGCAGCAGAUCAAGGAGAUGAGACUGCAACAUGAAGAAAACAUCAAGAAAUUAAUGGACCAAGUUGUGCGGGAACAAAAGCAGGCCACACAAAAAAUUCAGUCCAGUAAAGACACUGAAGUCAGUCCCAAUAAUGAUGACCAGGCAAUAUCUAAGACUGUUCAAGAGGCAGAAGAUGAAAACACAGUGAAGAACGAGCAGCCGUCAGACCACGCUGUAAAUGGCAAAGAGAAAAUCAAACCAGGAGGAGAUGCUGGCAUGCCUGAGAUAGAAGAUAAUGAUCCUGCUAAAGCUGAAGAUACUCCCACUGCUCUAAAGAAGCCACGUAUUUCAGCUCCCAAGAGUGAGGCUCAUCAGCCUGUUAUAAACCUGCCAACUGAACAGCCCCAUGCUCCAAACCUGCCACCAGGUCUGCAUAGUGACACUGAUGGCAACGCUGACGUGGCCAAGCAGAUCCCUCCAAAUUCUCUCCAGCACCUGAAUUUUGAAGAAAACAUGGAAAACCCAAAGGAGCACAGAAUUGAGACAGAGCACAUAAAAAUCCCAAAGAGCAGAGUGAGUGACCUGCAGAAGAUGAAGCAAAGCCGGUUCUUUGAUGAGAAUGAGUCCCCUGUGGACCCGCAGCAGGGCUCUAAACUGGCAGAUUAUAAUGGGGAUGAUGGGAACGUGGGUGAGUACGAGGCAGACAAACAGGCUGAGCUGGCUUACAAUGAGGAAGAGGAUGGUGAUGGUGGAGAAGAAGACGUCCAAGAUGAUGAGGAAAGAGACCUGCAGAAUGACCUGGCAGAUUACAGCAAGUCACGCUUCAGUGACGGUGUCCUGUGAGGUGGCAAUGGGCUGAGAGGAGAGCUCAGCUGAGGAACCUGAGGUGCUGCAGAGCUGAACCAUUUCUACUUCAGCAUUUCUUACUCUGAAGGGAGCUGCUGAUGAAAAGUGAUGAGGAAACUCCAAAAUCAGUGAAGUAAGGAAGGGGAGGAGACUUUCUGUACAGAUGUACAUAGUUGUACUCUUGCAAAUGGUAUGAAACCUACAGGUCUGUGGUGACGUCCAGCCAGUCACUCAGACUGCACCUUCUGUAACGAUCUCUCCAGUUAAACCCAGCACUAGUACAAGGCCUGAAUCGUUUCUGCCACCCAGAAGACUUUGCAGAACUUAAACAGUUUGUACCUGAUGUCACAAACACCCUGUGGACAGCCAAAGGACUCCUUUUCUACACCACCCCUGUCACAACCCCACCAGGGCUGUGUCUCUCUGGCUGCAGGUGAGCUGAGGAUGAAAACUGAGUGCUCCUUCCUUCAUUUCCCUGGACAAAGGUCUUGAGAGGCAAGUACCAUUCUGAUUGUCAUAUACAGUGACCAGAUCUUGUGGCUAGAGCUGGAAAUCAGCGAUAAUGCAAUGAACAUUUGGUACAUCCUGAGAAGUUGUGACACUGACAUUGAAAAGGUGACCACAAGAAUGGAGCCCAGCUCGUAGGAGGUCUUUGUGUAGGUGUCAGAGGUGUUAAUGAGGGACAGACAAAUCUACAACAGCUUUGUGGGACCUGACUGGGAGAAACAGCCCCUCUUACCCUUGGUGGACAUGCUGUAUGUGCUGUCACUGUCUCAAGAGCAUUGUCCCUCCUGUGUCACAGCCACUCCAGAUGGUUUACAAGGCUGUGCUUUGGUACAGGUCUCAACAUCCUCCGUGUUUCAUGGUUUGAGUUUGUCCAUCAGGUUUUGUCAGUCAGACCCUUUGGUACCUGUUGGAGUUCCUCCAUCAGAAGGUCUGCCAGUCAGAACCUUUUGCAUCCUGUGUUUAAGCACUUUCUGAUUUUUAUGGAGCUGAUUCUGUUCUUCUGCAGUGGUGGAAAUGGCUUUGGACCCAGCCUGCCUCUCCAAAAGGGCUACUGUGACAUGACAUGCUAGGGCCUGUGACGUGGGUGAUUGUACUUCUCUCUGUACUCAGGUUUGAGACAACAGUUUGGGUUUGCUCAAUUCCAGUUCACUGAACCUUCUAAAUCCAUUUCAGUGGUCAGAUCACUUUAAUUUUUCUUUCUUGGCUACAGGGAUCUUCUACCAAUCAAUCUGCAGUGGAAGUCAGAUUCUGGUGAUGCAUCUCAAGGGGAUCAUUUUUUUGGUUUUUAAUUUGUUUCAUUCUGUACUCCAGGAGGCAGAUGGGGGGGGGGGGGGGG